AUGUUCAGAACCCGUCAAACAUAUUUUUGGAUUAAAACUAGUUGUGGUGAUCGUUUCCAUCUUCAUGGAAACAUCAUUACACCGUCAAUUCAACCUUUUCGGUCAAUUGGAUUGACGUCAGGUCGAUGGAAAAGCGCAAAUCUGAACUCAAAAAAUUACUAUGAUUUACUCGGUGUCGAAAAAUCAGCAACACAAAAAGAAAUUAAACAAGCUUUUUUCAAGCUAUCAAAAGAAUAUCAUCCAGAUUCGAAUUCAACUGACAAGUCGCUUCAUGAUAAAUUCGUAAAAAUUAACGAAGCUUUCAGCAUACUCAACAAACAAUCCUCACGUACGACAUACGAUCAAUCUUUGAGUUCAAUAUCUCGUUCGCCAUAUCACUCGUAUCCUCGUCAAGCAUCAUCCGACUGGUCAAAUGGAAACUUCGGUAGUCGUAGUACCUACGAACGUCGAUCCAGUACAAAUGAUUCGAACUGGGGUGCACCAUACAGUGAUAAGGCGUUCUAUGAAAUGUAUCGACAACGUUACAAUUCCCAUUCUUAUCAGUCGUAUCCGAACAACGUUCAACAGAACUAUUUUGGCGCAGUUUCAAUUGUCUUAAUUGUGAUUUCGUUUGGAGUGUUUAUUCAUGCACUUCAAUGGCGUGUGAUGCAGUUGUCUGAUCCACAAUAUACGAUGGAUCCAAGAACGCGUCAUUAUCGUGCUUAUCGCGAAUGGCAACGUUUAAGCGCGAUCAAAGAUACGGAAAACCAAUCGACCCGAGCGCAACCUUCCACACCCUCUAUAUUCGAAGAAGAAUAA